CUCUAAUCUUCAUUUCUCACCACAACUACCAACCAGCCAACUCCCUUGAGCAGGCAUCAAGGAGACAAAGCAUGAUAAAGAACAGAAGGGGGGGAAAUGAAGAAUCUUUUACAAUCCCGCGAACUCCUCCAGCAGCAAAUCGCCACCACCGAAGCUCAGCUCUCCCAACUCAAAGCAGAACUCGAGCUAACGGAAAGGCAGAUUGCCGCGGAGACGACUGCAACAUCAGAGGCUACAAGUCGUUCCGAAGUUGUGAACGGGGGGACAAAGCCUACUGAAGGAAUACGGAGAUACCCGCUCGAGCAGGAUGAGUAUCGACGCUAUGGGCGGCAGAUGAUUGUUGAGCAGAUCGGGCUGGAGGGGCAGUUAAAACUGCGUGGAUCGUCGGUUCUUAUCGUUGGCGCCGGUGGCCUGGGAUGCCCCGCUGCGAUGUACCUGGCUGGAGCUGGGGUUGGGACGAUCGGCAUUAUAGAUGGGGAUACGGUUGAAGGAUCGAACUUGCAUCGACAAGUGCUACAUCGGACGAAGAAUGUCGGGAAGUUCAAGGUUGAUAGCGCGAUUGAAUAUUUGAAAGAAUUAAACCCACACCCCAAAUACAUACCCUACCACACCCACCUUACGCCCGCCGAGGCCCCCUCAAUCUUCAGCCCCUACGGCCUCAUUCUCGACUGCACCGACAACCCUGCAACCCGCUACCUGAUCUCCGAUACCGCCGUCUUACUGGGGAAACCGCUCGUCUCCGCCUCCGCCCUCCGCACCGAAGGCCAGCUAAUGGUCCUCAACUACCCGCCCCAAAAGCCAGCAGAAAAGCCAUCCGCCUCGUCAACUAACAAUUCUCCGUCUACCACCACCAUCGGAGGACCAUGCUAUCGCUGCGUCUUCCCUAAACCCCCUCCCGCCGCUAGCGUUACUAGCUGCGCCGACGGCGGCAUCAUCGGCCCCGUCGUCGGGCUCAUGGGCGUCCUCCAAGCACUCGAGACGAUCCGCAUCCUCACACAAACAACAACAACAACCGCAACCCCAACAACCCCACCAACCCUCCAUCUCUUCUCCGCCUUCUCCAACCCACCCUUCCGCAGCAUACGCCUGCGCCCGCGCCGGCGGAACUGCGCGGCAUGUUCGCCAACGGCGGGGACGAUUACACUGGACUCACUGCGCAGUGGGUUGAUGGAUUAUGUGCAGUUCUGUGGCGGGGUGGUGGGUCCACAGGCACUGUUGGGGGUUGAGGAGCGGAUAUCGGCUCGGGAGUAUUGGAGGCGGUAUCGAGAGCAGUUGCAGGCGGAGGCGGAGGCGGAGGAGGAGGUGAAGGUGGAGCGGGAGGAGCCGAUCUUAAUUGAUGUCCGGGAGGCAGUGCAGUUUGGCCUGGGCGCGUUGGAGGGGAGCGUUAAUAUCCCCAUGUCGCUGAUCUUGUCGUCGUCCUCGUCUUCUUCCUCUUCCUCCACGGUGCAAUCGAACUCGAACUCCACGGCUGAAUCAGCGGCUAAUGGCACACACCCAACUUCAAACAAAGCGACAACAACUCUCCCAUCCUGGUACCCUUCAUCUCUCCUCGACGCGAACCCCACCAGGCCGAUCCAUGUCGUGUGCAGAUUGGGGAAUGAUUCCCAGGUGGCGGUGCGAAAGCUGAAAGAGCUGGGUGUUGAUAGGGGAGGUGAGAGGUGGGUGGGCGAUAUCCGGGGUGGACUUAGGGCGUGGAGGGAUGAGGUUGAGGCGGAAUUCCCCGAUUAUUGAUUUGGCAUAUGGGAUCUAAUAUUGUGAGUAGUGGGGGAAGGGAAAUGAAUAUUAUUUCAUUCACGUCAUAUCAUGGCAAGAUAAUAUUUUUGGAGGUUAACAGACCCUUUUCUCUGGAAGUGGGCAUUGCAUAAAAGAAAAUAAAUAGAGAUAUAUGAAGUGCACGUAAAUGGCGUAUCGUUCAAUUUAAAUGGAUUCGAUAUCGACAAGAUAGAAGAAUAUUCCCAAAUUACCCGUCAAGGGCUGGAAACUCUGAGGAGUUCAAGAAAAGAUUGGGUUGAGUGCAAGGGGGGUAAAUAAACACCAAAAACAAUAUAGCAAGGAACCGUAAUCCGUUCAAUCACCCAAAUCAAACGAAACGAAACGAAACGAUGAAACAUGAAACACCAGUUUCAUAAAUCAAAAUCAAGAAAUAAAAUCAAAAUCAAAAUCAAAAUCAAAAUC